AGCAGAAUUCACAUGUUCUAUAUGCCUUAUUUGACAAAAUUCACACUCUCUAAAAAUAAAAUUCAUCCCAUAUUUGAUAGAAUUCACACCAAACAAAAUUCACCCCUAUAUUUGAUGACAUAAUUCAAAUGCUCUAAAAAUAGAAUUCAUCCCCUAGAAUUCACACGUCCUAAAAACAACAGAAUUCACCCCUAUAUUUGACAGAAUUCACAUGCUCUAUAUGCUCUAUUUGAUAGAAUUCACACCUCACCACUUCACUUCAGAUCUCAGAUCGACCUCAAAACCACCCCCACAACUUCUUAGAUUUUAUGAGAUGCACUAGGACUUCAACUUGAGAUUCACUAGGACUUCCAACCACCAAUGUUCUCAAUCAUCGACCAUCCACCACCAUCGUGAGAUCAUCCACCAUCCACCAUCAUGAGAUCAUACUUCACUUGAGAUCCACCAGGACUUCCAACGUGAUUGUAAUUCCAUCGGCUGCAAUUCUCCUCCUUGCCAGCCAUCGUAAACAAAAUGAUCGAGCAGAACAAAAACAUUAAAACGAGGGUAAAAUUGUAAAAGCAGUUUUUAAAAAGGGGUGGACGGGAUACCCUGUAAAACGGGAUUGGCAAGGGAUGGCAACAAAAAAGUAGGACCGGCCGGUAAUUUCCCGAAGAAAUAAGACCGGGGUAGUAUAUUCCGGACCAAGUUAACUGGAUUGUAUCAUUCCAAUACUUAUCCAGUUGGCAAACGACCCGUUAGGGUUCAGACAUUCCGGACCCAAGUUAGCUGCAGUAUAUCAUUCCAAUACUUAUCUAGUUGGCAAACGGCCCGUUAGGGUUGGUAUAUUCCGGGCCCAAGUUAGCGGGACUAUAAAGUAUCUAAAUGACCAUAUUCAAUUCCUCCUUUCCAGCAUUCUUUCGUACUAGUACUGUUUUGGGACUCCGGUUUUGCUAACGAAUCAGCAGCCAGUCUCAAAUCAAAUGGCUAGACGAACAGAACCCAAUAUACGGUUAAAGCUCCUCGUAGACAUGAAAUCCAGAACGGUGUUCUUUGCAGAGGCCGGAAAGGACUUCGUCGACUUCCUCUUUGGAAUCUUGGAGCUGCCUCUGGGUUCCGUCUUGGGACUUGCGCGCAGCACUGGCAAGACUGGAACUGGGUCUUGGGCCAAAGUCUAUGAAAGCGUCAAAAACAUGGACGAGGGAUACAUGCAAUCAAGCAACACCAGGAAGUCCCUCUUGGAACCCAAGAUUCCUGCAUAUACCGAAACUAAGCCCGCUGCUCUGUUGAAGCAAUUGGCAUAUCCUAAUCACCUUGACCGUGGGUCACGUCCCGACGGGCAUGUCAAAGGAGUGGCGACUUACAUGGUGAUGGAUGAUCUAACCGUGAAACCCGUAUCCACCAUUUCCAGUAUCUCUCUUCUCAACAGUAUGGGGAUCCAAAACUUUGGCUCUUUGGAAGAGAAGACUGUGGAGGUUGACGUGACAAAGGGUUUGGAGCUUGUGAAGGCCUCCUUUGGCUCUACCAAAGUCCUCACUGAUGUGUUUCUCCCUACUUGCGCUACGUCUAGUAAAAGAGAAAGGAAUGCUUGAAGCUCUUGAAGGUCCGGAAGACGUUACUGCAGUGGGAAGUACUUUUGACUUGGAGGCCUGAUUUUUGUUGGCAGUGGUGUGCCUAUAUGUCGUAGUUUUAGACCGGUACAUAUUUCAGUUUAUGCAAUGUAGAUCUUGAGCUUGAUGUUAAGUUGCAUCUCAAAACUACUAAUCACCUAAAUAGAGUAUCGUUAGUAUGAAAUAUGAAUCGACGUUGAAAGCUUUCAACGAGGUUUUGUUUUUUGAAAGGCACAUGUUGCAGAUGUUGCUUCUUACUUACUUAUAUAGGUACGUUAACUGCCUUGAUUCCCUCUUAGUCAUCAACAGGCUAUAUACUAUGAAAACAAGGUGUAGUAUUGGUUUGAUAUAGUAGCUGCGUAGUGUAGCGUAGAGCAUAUUACAGUCAUUUGUUCAGGACCCAUAAUGCUGCCUUUGGCAACUACUUCUUCAGGGUUAACAAUUGGCCGGUAAUCUUCGUUUCUGCCUAGGAUUCAUCUGAGGUAGGACCGAAUUGCGGGACGUGAAAUUUUUCAGAAAUUGGGGACUUCUAAAGGCUUCCUCCUGCAGCCUCACUUGUUUGUUUGAACAUUGAUCAUCUAAUAUAUUAUGCGUUGACUACACCUAUUCCAUUAUUUGUUUCUCAUUUCUUUCAGU